AAAGUGAGCGGAUUUUGUAAAAUCAGUGCUGGAAAACAGUUGGAAAAACAUAAUAUUCUUGUUUCCCUUUUGCGCUACUAUUUCGUAAACAAAACAAAUCGGCAUGCAGUUCAAUUAUUCAAGAAAUAAUUAAUUAUUUGUGAAAGGUACGUUCGUUUAAAAUUUUCAAGUAAAAAAUAUCCAACAGCAAAAUUCCAGCAGAACGCAUGUAUUCAACAUGCUAAAUUGAAAUCCUCCGAUUCGCUCAAUAGUAUGGCUUUAGUGAAUUAUGGUAGUAGUUGUUCAUCUGAUGAUAGCAAUGAUGAAUCGGACAAAUGCGACACCAAUCCAGCGUUAUUGCCAGGUAAAAUCGCAGAGCCACCGCCAAUAGUUACGAGAAUUCGUGCACGCCCAGCGCUGAAGAGAACUUUGCCAGAUGCGCUUUCAUUAUUGGGCGCAAAACGGGCGGCAUUAACAACAAGUGAAGAUCACUUAGAUGAUCCAGCAGAGCACGAUGGACGAGUGCGAAGUUUCAAACACGAACGUGGCAAUUGGGCGACGUAUGUGUACAUAGCAGAGCAGUUGGAAGAUGUACAGGAAGUAAGCAAAGAAGCAUUGGCCGAUGUGCUGCACGAUUUACACACAAUAGAAGAUUUGCACAUAAGUUUGAGUCGAACUGUUGUGUUGCAAUAUCAUCACAUUGAUUCAUUUGUUGAGUCCUUGCGGAAUAAGCUGGAAGUCACUGCAAGCUUUUCCAUUAGCUUGAGUCGCUUACACAUCUACACGAAUGAAGAGCGAACCCGCACUUUUAUAGCAUUUAAAGUGGAUGAGAUGCACUUUGAUAAAAUGCAUCAGCUCAUGACGAAAGUGGACGGUGUAAUGACAGAAUACAGGUUACAACGCUUCUAUGAAGACCCAUCGUUCCACAUCAGUUUUCUGUGGUGUCUAGGCGAUAAGGUCUCAGUUUUGAAUGAAAAUCUGGACACAUUGAAAUCAGCAAUCAAUGUGUCAUUGGGUGAAAGCAAAGCAUUUAGUUUAUUUAUUCAAGAAAUUAUUUGCAAGAGCGGUAAUAAGGAAUUCGUGUUUAAGCUUAAGUGAAGGUAGACAAAUUUUUCAAUGUAUUUAUUCGUAAAAAUUUGCAGCGUUACAAGUCAAUACAUCUCUGUAUAAAUAUGAUGC